AUGCCUGAAGAAGAAGUGCUUUACUCUAAUGUGAGGUUUAUAAAAGCGAAGAGGGAGACCAAUGAAAGAGCUUCCCCAGUGGCUAAUCCCACUUUCUCCCAAGUCAAUAUUUCAAAGACUCAGCCGUCCACGACAGAUGUGCCUGAGCUUCCUCAACAAGCAGAGCUGAGCAGAAAGUCGAAGCUGCUCUCAGAGAGAGCGGUCCUGCUGGUUGUCAUUGCUCUCCUGGCUGCUGCUGUCAUUGCUCUGUGUGUUACCUCAUUUAAGCAUGGACAUCACGGAGGUAAAAAACCCCCACACAAAGAUCAGACGAGUUAUAAAUGUGAAGAUGGCUGGAAGAAACAUAAAGGAAAGUGCUAUUAUUUCUCCAUCAGUAAAACCUCCUGGAACGAGAGCAGAGAUGAAUGUAGAGCUAAAAAAGGAGAUCUGGUUAAGAUAGACAGCAUGGAGGAGGAGAAAUUCCUGGAGAGUCAACUGAAAGAAAUCAAGAACCCUGAUGACAAGUUCUGGAUCGGACUGAUAUACUCAGCUAAAAACAACACACGGGUUUGGACGAGUGGAUCACCGCUGAACACAAGUUUGACUUUUGGGAGCAACAAAGAGCAAGACAAUAAGAAUGGGACAAAAAGGGAGAAUCCUGAUGAGCCAAGCUGUUUAAGGGUUGGGGGGAAAGGUGGAGCUGUUGAUCCGAAGCUUACAUCCUGCAAAAAGCCUCAAAGAAGUAUUUGUGAGAAAUAACUGAACACUGUAAAUAUGCAGUUGUCUAAAAUUCAGUCAGCCUAUAAAAGAGUCUCGGUAAAAAUACAGACGUUGGAGUUGCAAUAUGUUGAUAAAGCUAAUGUCUAAACUGUAUAUCCCUUCUAGAUUUGCUUUUAGUAAACAAUAAAAUAUACUUGAAUAAAUCUGAAUAACAUAUUUUGGUGAUUUGUUUUUAUUAACAGUAUUGUUGUGGUGUACGGCGGUGUUGCUGCUGUGAAAAUGAACAGUUUGCCUCAUUUUUUCUUUGAAAAAUUUACAAAAAAAUACAAAAACUUCAGUUUAAUGGAAGAGUCUGGUUACCAUUUAUCCAAGCUUUAUGUAUUAUAAAUAUAAUGUAACUAACUAAUAUAAUAUAUUAGUUGUGCUGUAUUUUUGAGCAAUAAACACUUUCAUCUUGUUGAUGUUACUCUCACGUUUCCACACAAGAACAGUGCAGACGAAGAUGAUUUACUGUGUGGUUUCAGUGAACACUGUCACACUUUUCUCAGUAAACGAUCCCUGCUCUAGAUUAUAAAUUUAA